GUUACCACUCGCCUGGUCAAUCCUUUGGUCGGAUUAUUCUGUUAGGGUAAGAACGAUGGAAGACCAGGGUGGGAUGCAGUUAACAGUCUUUAAUGAAUAAAGUAAAUCGUCUUCACUGAGUAAUUAGAACACAAAAUCACAGGCAUUAAUCAGAGCCAGAACAGAAACUUCCAGAUGACUGGAUCAAAGAAACUCUGCAUCAACUUCCACAAGGACAGAGGCAGGGACCCCGAGAUGCAUUCAGCCAGUCAGCAAUAGUGAAGACAGCGGGCAGGGUGAACAGCCAAGGGCGAGCGCUGAACAGGUACUCUGCAAACAGGCACAGCUGGAUAAUACACAGUCCAAUAGCAGUAUAACUCACAGCAGAAAUUAUAACUUCACUUUCCACAGACAAGACAGGACAGGACGAGAGAACAGACGUUUCUCACGAGAGGUCAUUGAAUAAUCCGACAACAAGACAGGGCUAGGAAGAGGGAAUAAGAAGCAGAGACAAUCAAGAGGAAAAAGGGGACAGGUGAAAAGGGAACGAAAGGGGAACCAGCUGAAAGAGAUAAUGAGCGGAGGAGUGGAUGUGUGCGUGAUUGGAGGGAGGGAGACAGAGAAAGAGGAGAAGAAACUAGGAUCAUGACAAUCCCGGUCUGGAACAGCAUCACAAGGAUUUCCCCCUCGAGGGAGCAACAAGCAAAACACUGAUACAACUGUAAGACAGAACCAGAAUUCCACUCUCAGACAGGUCUUUUCGCAAGAGAGAGCCAUCCUCACGGAGCUGUAUCAUCACCCAGCCCAGACUAAUCUCUAUUAAAGUUAGAGUGGAUUUUAAACUGCGCGGUAGCAGGCAAUAUUCCCUUUUCACAUGACGUCACGCAACUUCUGUUAUGACGCAAAACAAAGUAUUCUUACUUCCUUCAGCAUAGUAAAGCACUAUCGCUACCAGCAUGGAGUUUAACCCAGACGCUUGUACAACUGCCACAAAUACGAUUACAGAAUGACUGUCUUUUCUUACAGAAUGACUGUCUUUUCUUGUCCUCAUUCAGGGAGAGACGUCUGGCAUCUCAAACGAACUUACCGAAUACUGAUUGGCGAGAUUUGCCCCUUGAAGUCGAGGGAGGAGUUAAAAACGGAGAACUGCAGUCACUGAUUCCUGCGACUCUUGCGCUCUGUUUGCUGUCUUUAUUGCAGUUAGAUGAAGUUGGUUAGAUAAAUUUCUGUAAUAAACAAACGUUUUAUACAUUUACAUAUGGUAACAGAAAGGCUUUUCAUUCAGUAAUUUAUUUCCUGCUUAAUACAGCGCCUGUAUGUACAAGAAUAGUUCAACAUAACAAGCUUGUACUAUUUGAAUAUCAAUUAAAUGGGGUCUAUAAUUUUUCGUUUUAUUAUGUAUUUAGUAUGUAUUUUGUGUGGACACAAAAUUGAAUCUGAAAGCAAGCAGUUGCAGUAAGCAAUUAAUGUAAUUUAGAAAUAAAUAUUAAAUAUAUUAAGUUGAUAUAAAAAGCUUUUAUGGUUAAAAAAUGAUGCCAGCUUUUGUUUAAAUUAGUAAAAAACGCAGCUCAUAGCUGUUUUUUAAAGAUCACAUUGCAUAUAGCCUAUAAUGAAAAUAAAAUACCAUCAAGCAUUGUAAUCAAUAAUAAUUCACAAAGUAAAAACACAUUUAGUUAAAGCGAAAUUAAAUGGAAGGAAUUUUAAGUAAUUGUAGAAGUCCAAAGUUCUGUAGAACUACGUGACUGUCCUUUUUGUACUGUUUCAAUAUUAAGCCAUUUUAUUCUUGAACUGGAUAAUGAGUAUCUUUUCAGACCACUUGCCAUGUGAAACUUGCCAUGUAAUAAAAAGAUUUAAUAUAAAAAAUAUGUUUUCCCAUAGUAAAUAAAAACAAAAUCAUGUUGUUUGCCUUUUUAUUGCCGAACUAUAAAGGGAAUUUAAUUUACUCAGUGUACUCACAAAUUAUCCAAGGAAUGUCAUAAACCGAAAUAACAAGUGAAAAGGUCUCAAGUAUGUAUUUUGUCUGCACACAAAAUUGAAUCUGAAAGCAAGCAGUUGCAGUAAGCAAGCCGCCCAUCUAAAGCAGAUGCAGAAAAACGUUAGUACAUUAUCAUUAUUAGGGGAGAACCGGGGCGAAAGUAACGCGGGACGAAAUUAACAAAGCGAUUUUCUCAGAGACCUGUUUACAUUUGCAUUCCAAGCUAUGACACCACGUCCAGCACGCAACCCUUGACGGAGCUGCCGAAUAUCACUUGAUUUCGUCAUCUCUUCCCGCGGUUAGGUCUGGAAAGCAGUUUUCAAGUACGGUAAGUAAAUUACUGAAGCUGUAUUUUUUUUUUUUCUAAUUACAAGUUGUGUUUCUCGUUUCAUGUGUCACAGUAAUGAUGAAUCUACAUGUUUUUUAGUGCUGUAACACAUCCUAAAGUUUGCGUCGUCAGAGUUUUUCAGUAAAAAAGUAAAUCGGGUUUAAAUGUCAGGAGUUCCUUUCGGGACGAAAGUAACACUUCUUACUUUCGUCCCGCUGCUAAUGUGGUGAAUUUCUGGGUGUUGCAGCAUUUAUUAAAACAUGUUUAUGUCAUAUUAUACCAACAGAAUAUGCCGAGAGUUAGGGUCAGAAAGACAGACAGGGGUCUGAUUCAGCCAGAUAUUUAUGAGAGGGCGUUUCUGGACAUUUCUGUCAGGAACAUCAGUCUCAGGGCAGCUGCUAAGUCGCAUGGCAUAUGUCAUGUCACUUUGCUCAGAUACUGCAGGAGGAGGGCAGAGACCAGUAGGGAGAAGACUAGACCACCAGGGUACAGAUCACAUUCUAAAGUCUUCUCUGUGGACCAAGAGAGGAAACUGCAGGCUUAUAUUAAGAGGACAGCUGAUAUUUAUUUUGGCCUGUCUCCUAAGGAGGUCAGUUUAGUAGCUACAGUAAAAACACUCAACAUGCAGCUCACUCACACUGCUCUUACUCAAACAAUUUUAAAUGCUUAUCAAAAUAUGAGAUUUGUGUAUUCUUUAAAUAUAUUUUUUAUUUUUAUCCUAAUUAAAUUUAUUAUUUACAUUUUUGUCCUAUCUUUCUAAAUUAUGUUUAAUUUUCUACUGUCCACUGAAGCUGCUGCAACAUGUAAAAAUCCCUAGUACAGGAUCAGUAAAGUCUUAUUUUAUCUUAAUCAUGUCAUAAACAAUCUCCAUCUAAUCAUUUUCUUAUUAUGUUUUAGGUGUGCAAAUUUGCAUACGAAUUGGCCAGCAAAUAUGGCUGCAAAUAUCCAGAUGGAUGGGAUGCCACCAAGAUGGCGGGAAAGGACUGACUCACCUCCUUCCUUGAACGCAAUAAUACAUUGUCUAUUCACCGACCUCAAGCCACCAGCAUGUCCCGUUCCACCAGCUUUAAUAAAACAAACGUGACUGCUUUUUAUAACAACCUGCAGACAGUUCUUGCCCGCUACCUUUUUGAAGCAAAGGACAUUUGGAAUGUGGAUGAAACAGGUACCACGACAGUCCAAGUGCCAGAUAAAAUAAUCGCCACCAAGGGGAAGCGCCAGGUCGGUGCAGUGACCUCUGGGGAGAGGGGGACAUUGGUCACCAUUUCCCUUGCAGUAAAUGCACAAGGCAAUUGCAUUCCCCCGUACUUCAUCUUCAUCUUUCAAGUUCCAGGACCACUUUGUUGUCCCAUUGGCUCUGCUGGUUCUGCAAAUAGCUCAGGCUGGAUGCAGGAUACAGACUUUCUGGCCUUUCUCCAGCACUUUGCCAGACACACCCGUGUGACCCUGGAGUCGAAGCUUCUCCUCCGCGACAAUCAUUGGUCACACCUUUCUGUGGCAGCAAUUGACUUUUGUCGGUCAAACGGCAUAGUCCUAGUAUCAUUCCCACCCCACUGCUCACAUCAUCUCCAGCCACUUGACAGAAGCGUCUUCGGUCCACUUAAGCGAUAUAUAAACACGGCAGCAGAUCACUGGAUGAGAAAACACCCUGAAAAAACUUUUACCAUCUAUGAUGUUCCAAGCCUAGUGACCACAGCUCUGCCACGAGCAGCGACACCCAGAAACAUAACGUCUGGCUUUGUGUGCACUGGCAUCUGCCCCUUUAACCCAGAAAUUUUUGAGGAGCAAGACUUUUCCCCUGCGUACGUCACCGACCGCCCUUGUCCUUCAUUGGUACCAUGUGGUCCCACACCACAUUCCAACAAACACCCACUCAGCCAGAACCUGUUUGAGGGAGGGCUGCUGCCAGAGUAUCCUGGUGGUUCAACCAGGGAAGCCUGUUUAGAGUCUGCCAUCCCUGACCACCCAGCUGUCUGUUCAGCUGUCCCACAUGAAGAAAGAUGA